UCCACGUGAACAGGUUGUUAUUGUGUCAUGUAAAAUCUCAACUGUAUGUGUAAUUCAGACAUUUCGGGAACAUAGAUUUCAAACUGGACCAUUGCAUCAUUGAUGUACACAGAUGUAGCCGUCGGGAAGACAGAUUCAGUCUUGGAAGACAUAUUUCAGUCAUUGAAGACAUAUUUCAGUCUUGGGAGACAUAUUUCAGUCUGAAACACUUCAGUAUUGACGGACACAAAUUCAACAAAUCCUGAGGACUGGGGCAUACUUCAUUCACCAUUGAAGAUUGUCAGAAGUGUUGUCAGAUUGACAGUGUGUAUUUGAGCAAACGACAUUAUCUGUAACUGAUCAUAGGUAACGAUUAUCGAAUUCAGUCUUUCAUAUUAUGGUGUAGCCAAGCUACAUUGUAUAUGCAAAAUUUCAGUUUUGACCUCGGAGUCAAUUCCAUCGAAUAUAAGUGUGAAGUAAUUCAAUGUGAAGACCAUCUGAAUCAGCGCAUUCAGAUCCUGCAUCCAGCGCCAAAAGGAGUUAUGAUCAUAUGUGAGAAUGAGGAUGAUGGUUCUGAUAUUCGCGUGCAUAUUUCCAGCCGUGUAUCCCCUACACAUAGCAAUACCUCUGCCGAUUUCACCCGGUAGCGACAUAUUCCCUUCCUUGGAACUAGCCAAUGGCACAGUACAAAUUGCUUUAGAAAAGGCUGGCGCUUCUGGUGUGAAUGUCAGCUGGCUGGACACACACGAAGAUGAAGAGACUGCCCUUGGUGUUUGUGUAGACUUGGUGAAGAGCAGCAAUGUUGAUGUCUUCAUUGGGCCUCCCUCAACAAAGACUAUGAAGAUGGUUGGCUAUGUUGCGUCCUACUGGAACAUCUCCAUGGUAACUUGGACUCCAAUGAGGCGCAAUUCGUUGCCAGACAAGGGUCAUUUAAAUGUCGACAGCGUUUAUGGCACGUAUGAAGGUUUGCUCGAGUCUGUGGCCACCGUUCUCUUAGACUGCGGAUGGAAACACAUAGGUUUUAUUGGACAUAUGUGUGAUACAUGCACAGCCUUUUUAAGAGCCGCUAAAGCUGUCUUCCCUCGGCACGGUAUUGAAAUCGGCCUUUCGGCUUCGAUAUCCUGUCAUGGAGAGGACACAGAAGAUAAACUCAAAACUCUCAAGUCAAAAGCUUCAAUUAUUUUAAGCUGCAUACAUCUUCAUCAUCACAACAGUUUUCUGGAGGCUGCUCACAAUGCGGAUAUGACGUCAGGAGCUCAUGUGUUUUUGAAUUGGCGACCAGAGCCCCAUGCGUAUAUUCCAUAUGAAACCAUUGCUGGACAAAAAUAUUCAAGCAGUUUGCUGCAGCUGGUCAAUUAUAAUGUAAAUAAAACAAGGUAUGGAGAAUUCUUCAAAAGAGUCUUUGCGAAGGUACCCCAUCGUCACAAGAGAUGGUCAUCGCACUCUUCAUGGGGAGGUUGGCAUUAUCUAACGUUUCUUCACGACGCCGUUAUUCUCGCGGUCAAUGGAUCUUCACCCGGAGACACGUUCACAGAUUCCCGGCUUCUGACAGGAUCUAUGGAGAGUGUCAGUGGUAUCCGCACUCCAAGACUGUCAGUGUUCCAUUUCCAACACAACAAAACAGUGGAGGUGUUCCUGGUGCAGGGGGGCUCCAGUCUGCAGAGGUUGGAAGGGCUGUACUGGCCCUGGGGCAGACUCCCAGAUGACCAAAUGCCAUGUACCGGUCAGGCUUGUGAAGAUGACGAUCAUGCAGCAGUGAUAUCCGGGGCAGUCAUCGGGGCUCUGCUUGGCGCAGCUUUAAUUGUAGUGUGUGCGUUUGUAUUCAGGAGGUCGUUGAUGAAGAGAAAAGCCAGCAAGAUAUGGAAGGUUAGCAGCCAUGACGUCAAGAUGAGGCGAACCAGAGUGAACUCUGCAAAUGUCGAAGCCAAUCCAAGACGCAAACUUAUGAGAAUGGAGACACGAGGCACACUUGGUUUGGGAUCCAUCACGAGCCUGGACAGAAACAUGUUGUUUGCGCCCAUUGGGAAUUACAAAGGCAGUGUUGUGGCUGUGAAGAAAAUACGACAAACACCGGUCAAACUGACCACAGAAAUGACCCAGAAUUUUAAUCUGGUAAAAGAACUCCAGCAUGACAAUCUGAACCAGUUUAUUGGUGCCAACUUGGACCCUAACAAUAGCUACCUGCUUUACAAGUACUGCAAUAAAGGGAGCCUACAGGACGUCCUUGAGAACGAUGACAUCAGCCUGGAUUGGAUGUUCAAGAUGUCAUUUGCAAUAGAUCUAUCAAAGGGAAUGGAGUAUCUCCACAAGAGUCCCCUGAAGUCUCAUGGAAAUCUCAAGUCAAGCAACUGUGUCAUUGACAGUCGUUGGGUGCUGAAGAUCACGGACUUCGGCGCUGUGACUCUUCAGCCAAAGGAACCAGAUGACGACAUAGGGGAGCACGAGUUUUACAACAGACUGCUCUGGACAUCCCCGGAACUACUACGGAUGGACAAGCGCCCUGCACGUGGGACACAGAAGGGGGACGUUUACAGCUUCGCUAUCAUCCUCCAGGAGAUUCAUCUACGCUGUGGCCCGUACUAUUACAACGACACUUCACCGAAAGAAAUCGUCAGCAGGGUCAAGGAGGAGGGCACUGAGGUAUACCGUCCAACUAUCCCAGAAGACUCGGACAUCCUGGAAAAGGGCAUUUUGCUGAUGACGUCGUGCUGGUCAGAGCUGCCUGACCUCCGGCCAGACUUCCAUACAAUAAGAAAGAGGCUUAUCGACAUAAAUGGUGGAAAGAAGACGAACAUCCUUGACAACAUGCUGAAGAUGCUGGAGGCGUACAGCAACAACCUGGAGCAGCUGGUGGCAGAUCGAACAGAAGAGCUGGCUCUGGAGAAACAGAAGACGGAAAGGCUUUUGUACACGAUGCUACCUCCGUCUGUCGCUAACCAGUUGAGAAUGGGACAACCUGUGAUACCAGAAACCUUUGAAGAAGUCUCCAUAUUUUUCUCUGACAUUGUUGGAUUCACAAAAAUUGCAAGUCUUAGCGAACCAUUGGAGGUAGUUGAUUUACUGAAUGACCUGUACACCACUUUCGAUGGAAUCAUUUCCAAACACGAUGUUUAUAAGGUCGAAACAAUUGGCGAUGCCUACAUGUGUGCAAGUGGGAUUCCAAAGCGAAAUGGUAAAAAACAUUCUGGCGAGAUAGCCAGCAUGGGUCUAGACCUCAUCAGUGCAGUAACUAGUUUCCGGAUCCGCCACAUACCGGAAGAGAAGUUGCAGCUGCGUGCAGGCCUACAUUCGGGUUCGUGCGCAGCUGGGGUUGUUGGUCUGACCAUGCCGAGGUACUGUCUGUUCGGCGAUACUGUGAACAUGGCGUCAAGAAUGGAAUCAACUGGAAAGGCUUUGCAUAUUCACACCAGCGCAUACUUCAACAUGGCGCUUCAUGAGCUGAGGCAGGGUUUCAUCACAGUAGAAAGAGGGUUGAUAUCAAUCAAGGGCAAAGGGAACCAGAAAACAUUCUGGCUGGUUGGUAAGGCGGACUACAAGAAACCCCUGCCGGACUGCAUGAUCAAGCUCCAGAAGUCCUAUGAAGAAGAGUGCGACUCGCGCGCUCCAUCUCCGUCUGGGAACUCCCUCGGCCACGGCAUGUUUGACUCCAUGUACAGCGCCGUUCUCAGAAAGACAUCCAUCUCAAUGUCCAACAUGUCUGACACGUCAGAUAUAGGAAGUGACAUCGCAACUGAUAUCCAAUCACAAGAGGGGCUAUUCACGGAUCAUUUGACACUUCCGGAAAGACCAGUUAUGGAAAACAAGAAGCAGCCCUACCACGAUCGGGACCUCGAUUUGAACUGCAUGAAGUUACCACCUCUGGAUAAUGUUGAUAAACUUUUGAAAUCCGACAUUUGUGAAACCGAUGAUGGCAGAAGUCAGUUUCAGUCCAGUGCCAAUGGACAUAAAGUUGCAUUUCUUGAUUCGGUGGGGAGCGGAAAUAUUCCUAGAAUUGAAAUAUCGUAAUUUGCUCAUCAUUUUCCACCCGCCGAAAGCAUUCGAGAACAUGAACUACGAUGUAAGCCAACCUGACGCCAUGUCUUUUUCAACACAUUUUCGGCGUUUUACAAACUUCGAUUUAACUAAACUGCCGGAAAGAGCAAAUAUAUACCCAUGUUUGAUGGAGGCUUUAAAUUAAACAAACAAGAAAUGGUCAUUCGAUGGUGAUGUAUUUGAAACGGGUAUGAUAGUUAUGAUUUUCAAUUUUUCGGCAACCGUGUUGUGCAGUGUUUCGGCAACCGUGUUGUGCAGUGUUUCGGCAACCGUGUUGUGUAGUGUUUCGGCAACCGUGUUGUGCAGUGUUUCGGCAACCGUGUUGUGCAGUGUUUCGGCAACCGUGUUGUGCAGUGUUUCGGCAACUGUUUUCGGCCUGCUAACGUUUUGAUACUGUUUGUAACAGUUGGAUCAAAUCCAAUUUACAAGUGUAUAUUUACUUUUUCCCAGCAGUUUAUCAGUGGUAUUAUUAAAAUCUUACAAACCUUUUUUUAUAUAGAUAACUGUAAAUAUUUUACAAUCCGAGUUUUAGCAACGAUUUAAAGAAUUAAGGAAACUAGAAUAGCAAUUGUACAUUCACUUUUAUUCCUUUUAUGUUUUUAUUGUUUGUAUCACACACAUCCUGAGUUUCCAUGUUUUUUUCAUAUCCAUAUAACCAUCUAUCCACUAUUAGUAUAGUGACGACCGCUUCCUGUGAAUGUAUGAAAAUGGAACCUCUUGUUCGGAAACUAAGACGUCAAGUGAGACUGAUGCAACGGAGAACAAAAUACUAUGACCUUCCUAUACGUUAAGUGUAGCACCAGCAUUACGUCAAAUGUUGCUUUAUCAUACGCAUUUGACUUGUCUUGUUCAUGAUGUCACAUACAGUAUAAUCUGUCUCGAUUAUCUGACGAAACAGAUCUUAUUGGGCGUAAAAGGUUAUAUUAAUGAAACUAUAUAUAAAUGGAUCACUGAAAACUAGUGAUUUUCUCCUACCUAAGAGGAAAUGAAUACGAAAUUUGACACGACAAUCGUAACCGGCUAAAUUUAUUUCUAUGUUCUAUUCCCGACAAGUAAAAGCUACCUAAGUCAUCGAAAUGGUUCUGAAUCUCAGAGGGUGGCACGGGUUGCCCAGUCGUCUAAGGCGCCGCAAUUCGCUGUGCAGAGUUGCGUCCUUUAGGCAUGCCAGAAACCUAUGACUGUGGGUUCGAAUCCAGGUUCACCUCGAUUAUAUUUCUAGGUUUGUCAGCACAAAUAGAGCAUACAGCUUUAAUAGGUUUACUUCCCUCAGUGCUGGCCAAGGUGACCUAUGCCGUUUGCAUUAAUCCCUAGAGAGUUUGUCAUAACUCUUUUCUAAUAGGGGGCACGGGUGGUCCAGUCGUCUGAGGCGCCGCGAUUCGCUGUGCUGCGUUGCGUCCCUUGGCCACGCCAGAAACCUUUGAUUGUGGGUUCGAAUCCCGGUUCGCCCCGAUUAUGUUUCUA